AUGGUUCAUGGCGUUUCAGAGAUAGCCGCAAUAUGUGUUGGCCUGAUUGGGCUGAUCGGGGCGGCGGCUACGACAGGGAUGCCCAUGUGGAAGGUGACAGCUUUCAUUGGGGAAAACAUCAUUGUGAUGGAAACCCGCUUGGAGGGCUUGUGGAUGAACUGCUACAGACAAGCCAACAUCAGGAUGCAAUGUAAGAUCUAUGACUCCCUGCUGUUUCUGCCCCCGGACUUACAGGCAGCCAGAGGUCUGAUGUGCUGUUCUCUGGCCCUCUCGGGUCUGGGGCUCCUUGUGGCUCUAGCAGGAAUGCGUUGUACAUCCUGUAUUCAGGAUAAUGAUCGGGCUAAGACCAUUAUCCUGAUGGUUGCAGGUGGUAUGCAGUUUGGGGCCUGUAUCUGUGUCUUUAUCCCCGUGUCGUGGACAGGUCAUGUCAUCAUUAGAGAUUUUUACAAUCCUUUGCUAAUUGAUGCCCAGAGGAGGGAGCUAGGAGAGGCUCUCUACAUCGGCUGGAUGACCGGCGCCUUCCUUUUUGCAUCUGCCAUGUUGUUUGUCUGUCGCCGUAUACCCUCAGACAAAGGCUCAUUCGACGUGUACCACCAAGCCAACUUGCUCAGUUACAAGCCAGCACCCAGAAAGCCAUUUCUAAUGAGGUAUCAUCCCAUCUCAAGUGUUUCCAGCCUCCAGUCUACAUUGUACCCUCCGUCUCUGCAGAGCCAACGCUAUGUUGGACAACAACUUGCGACGCCACUUCAAAACAUUCCGCAAUUUAUGACAAAUGAUGAAGCACUAAUCAACCGUCCUGUUGUCUACAACUCAGGUCUGCCAGAAAAUGCAUCAUUGGUAUAUCAAGGAAGCAUGGCUCACCACUCCUCAAUGCGGAGCUCUAACCAUGUUGGACGCCUGUAUACACCAGACAACUCUUUUUACAGAAGCCCAAACGCUACGCCGUAUUCACAGGCCUUUAUCGGUAAUCCUGCGGCAUCCUACCAGUCCAGUUAUCAUCCGGUUCCACACACUCCUGUUUUCAUAGGAUAUAAAGCAUCAAGAAUUCAACCGGGACCUUACGGUGAGAGCAGUGCUGGUGUAUACAUAUAAACAAAGAUUGUGAGUUCGUUUUUAUUGCUGCUUAAACAUUAAAGACACACACACAGUACUAUGCUUUUACAAGUUAAUUUAAACUUCUGUGCACUUUUGUCAGAAUUAAGGUACAAUUAUAUGUAUUCUGCUUAUAUUAUAAUUAUCUUGAUGCCCAGAGUAUAUUGUUUCUAGCAUGCACACCCUU